AUUUUUUUAUUCGAUCUGGAUCUCGGGUUCCCGUGUUUUUAGUUUUUACGGCAUUAUUGGAUUCAGUAGUACUGAGGGUAAAGUCGGGUAGCAUCGUAAAAUUAGGGUUUGAUUUUCCGGUAGCUCCGGUCUCCUAGAGCUCGGGAGCCUUUUCUAUGGCUGUGAGGAUCACAUCGAGGUACCUUGUGCGCAGACUCUCUUCCAGCGGGAAGAUCCUUAGCGAAGAGGAGAAAGCGGCGGAGAACGUGUACAUCAAGAAAAUUGAGAAGGAGAAGUUGGAGAAGCUUGCACGGAAGGGAUUCAAACCAGCAGAUCAACCAGGUCCAGAAUCCCCAGCUGCUGCCGAUGUGAAGCCUGCUCAGUCUCCACCAAGCUCUUCAACAGCUCGCAUCUCUACCGACCGAAAUCGAAACUAUGCCGUGCUUGCUGGGACCAUUACUGGUUUAUCUGCACUAGGCUGGUACUUGCUAUCAAAGCCCAAAAAAUCUGAAGAAAUCUCCAGCUGAGCUAUGGCAAUCUGCUUUCCAGUAUCAAAUGUUAUUAUACAUAUAUACUGAUUUUCUUUUACAAUAUCAUGAUAUUUAGGUUUCGUUUGGGACGAGUUACUGUUUUUUAAAGUAGCUUUCUAGUACAAAAUUAAAAAAUUUUGAACUAGAAAGCUGCUUAAGAAGCAAUAAGAAAGCCGUCCCAAACGUAACCUUAGUCUUUUUAUUUAUUAUCAGUUACUGAGAGGAUGUUAGCCACAGGAUAAGCAGAUUUUCUUACGUUUUUGAUCCUUUGGUUUUGGAUUAUAUAUAAAUUUUCCUCGUGUUCAAUGCAGCAGGCUCUGAGUCCUUAAUGACAGUUUGCUAUGGCAUAUUAAGAAUGAAAGUUUCUUGAUGUAGUUCAGAGCUUGUUUGUAGAAAUGGAAAGGAUGUGAGAAUAUAAACGGUAAUGGUUUUGAAUAAAAAUUGGUUUUUAUCCA